GCUGAGAUGCGAGUAGAGGGAAGGCCAAUAAAGAACUAGGCGGCAAGAGUUUCUCCGAGUCCAGAGACUCGAGCGCUUGAGGCGCAUUUUGGGAAGAGCGGCCGAACGCUCCAGGAGGCUUCUGGUGGCUACGGAGGGUUUUCCUGUCACAGGAAGUUAGGCCUGGCUGCUGGGAAAGAGAAGGAAGGAGGAAUGAGAAAGCGGUGACAGCACCCCGCCCCGCAGGUGACUGUCCCACCCAGUGAGUUGAAUGUAGCGGUCCUGGAAGUGCUCGGCCGCCCGCACGGGUGAGACGAGGAGGAGCGAGAACCAGAUUCCCGCGAGGGAAAACAGAGCAAUGGGAAAUCCAGAAAACAUAGAAGAUGCAUAUGUUGCUGUUAUUCGUCCAAAGAAUACUGCCAGUCUCAAUUCUCGGGAAUACAGAGCUAAGUCCUAUGAAAUUUUGUUGCAUGAAGUUCCCAUUGAAGGACAGAAAAAAAAGAGAAAGAAAGUUUUAUUGGAAACUAAACUUCAAGGCAACAGUGAAGUAACACAAGGCAUAUUGGAUUAUGUAGUAGAAACUACCAAACCAAUUUCUCCUGCAAACCAGGGUAUCAGAGGAAAACGAGUGGUCCUAAUGAAGAAAUUUCCUCUGGAUGGAGAGAAGAUUGGCAGAGAAGCGGCAUUAUUUAUUGUUCCAUCAGUUGUCAAAGAUAAUACUAAAUAUACAUAUACUCCAGGAUGCCCAAUUUUUUACUGCUUACAAGAUAUUAUGCGAGUCUGUAGUGAAUCCAGCAGUCAUUUUGCUACACUUACAGCAAGGAUGUUAAUAGCCUUGGAUAAGUGGUUAGAUGAACGCCAUGCACAAUCUCACUUUAUUCCAGCUUUAUUCCGGCCUUCUCCUCUUGAGCGGAUAAAAACUAAUGUCAUAAACCCUGCAUAUGCUACUGAAUCAGGUCAAAUGGAAAACUCAUUACAUAUGGGCUACAGUGCGCUAGAAAUAAAGAGUAAAAUGUUAGCCCUAGAGAAAGCAGAUACCUGUAUUUACAACCCUUUGUUUGGAUCAGAUCUUCAAUAUACGAACCGGGUAGAUAAAGUGGUAAUAAAUCCAUACUUUGGUCUAGGAGCUCCAGACUACUCAAAAAUCCAAAUUCCCAAACAAGAAAAAUGGCAGAGAAGCAUGAGCAGUGUCACAGAAGACAAGGAACGACAGUGGGUAGAUGACUUUCCUCUCCAUCGAAGUGCCUGCGAAGGAGAUUCAGAAUUACUAAACCGUCUUCUCAAUGAAAGAUUUUCAGUCAACCAAUUAGAUAGUGACCACUGGGCGCCCAUUCAUUAUGCAUGCUGGUAUGGAAAAGUUGAGGCCACUCGCAUAUUGUUAGAGAAAGGAAAGUGCAAUCCAAACCUUUUAAAUGGACAGCUUAGUUCUCCUCUUCAUUUUGCUGCUGGAGGAGGACAUGCUGAAAUAGUACAGAUUCUCCUAAACCAUCCAGAAAUUGACAGACACAUAACGGACCAACAAGGAAGAUCCCCCUUAAAUAUUUGUGAAGAAAACAAACAAAAUAACUGGGAAGAAGCUGCAAAACUGUUGAAGGAAGCCAUUAACAAACCAUAUGAAAAAGUUCGGAUAUAUAGAAUGGAUGGAUCAUACCGUUCUGUUGAACUGAAGCAUGGAAAUAAUACCACAGUGCAGCAGAUAAUGGAAGGAAUGCGUCUCUCUCAAGAAACACAGCAAUAUUUCACUAUUUGGAUCUGUUCAGAAAACCUCAGUAAGAAAAUUGAAGACCCACUAGCUAUUCUUAUCCUCUUUGAUGAAGCCAGAUAUAAUUUAUUAAAGGGCUUUUAUACAGCUCCUGACACUAAACUGAUAACAUUGGCAAGUCUACUGUUGCAAAUAGUUUAUGGAAAUUAUGAGAGUAAGAAACAUAAGCAAGGUUUCCUAAAUGAAGAAAACCUAAAAUCCAUUGUACCUAUUACCAAAUUGAAAAGUAAGGCACCUCACUGGACAAACCGAAUACUUCAUGAAUAUAAGAAUCUUAGUACAAGUGAGGGUGUCAGUAAAGAAAUGCAUCACCUUCAGCGCAUGUUCUUACAGAAUUGUUGGGAAAUUCCUACAUAUGGAGCAGCUUUUUUCACAGGACAGAUAUUUACAAAGGCAAGCCCCAGCAAUCAUAAAGUCAUCCCUGUGUAUGUAGGAGUGAAUAUAAAAGGACUUCAUCUUCUCAACAUGGAAACUAAGGCCUUACUUAUCAGUCUUAAGUAUGGUUGUUUUAUGUGGCAGUUGGGAGAUGCUGAUGCAUGUUUUCAGAUCCAUAGUAUGGAAAAUAAAAUGAGCUUUAUAGUACACACAAAACAGGCUGGCCUUGUGGUAAAACUAUUAAUGAAGCUAAAUGGACAGUUAAUGCCCACCGAAAGAAAUUCAUGA